AUGCAGAAAUUUCUCCGACGCGGCGUCGAGCUCCUAUCUCCGCGAACCGGUAGUCCCACCGCCACCGACGACGACGAGAAUUAUGGCUUCAAAACAGCAUCAACGCAAACCGCGUUGUUCCCCAAAGUUGACCCGGCAGUAGAUGGCGAGGAUUGCGAUCAUGAUUGCGCUAGCUGUACGGUCCAUUAUCCGGCAAGGUUUGAUGUUGAGAUGAGUGAUAAGUUGUAUGGACAUGUAAAAGGGUGGGCGACUCAUGUACUUGUAGCGACGGGCAAGGCGGAUUGGGUCAGGGAUGUUGCAGAUGAGAAGGGGAGUGUGAUGGAGGCUAUUGAUAAGGGUGGGCUGACGCCUAGUAAUGGGAAUCUGAAGCUAUCUGCUUCCAAUAUCCCUGUUCCAGAUGAAUAUCAUCAUGCAGAGGAUGGCGCCAGACCGACUACAGUCGUCUUGCUACCUGCAUUCAAGAUCAUUGAUCAUGUCACCCCAGCCCUUGCGCCGGAUCUGAUCAAGUACUUUGUCAACCCAUCGAUUACCACCACAACACCACUUCGCAGCAACCCAUCAGAAACGAUUUCUCCCGCCGAAGGCGUCAGUGAGCAAGAUAUAUCAUCAUUGACACCUCUCCGAUCCCGCCCCCUGCCCCACGCGGCAGUUAUCCUCCUCUGCUCGCAAAGGACUCGUGACGCACGCUGCGGCCAAUCCGCUCCCCUUCUCAAGCGCGAAUUUGAGCGCCAUCUGCGCACUCAUGGUUUGUACAGAGAUGCAAGUGAUGACCGACCUGGUGGUGUUGCUGUUUACUUCAUCAGCCAUGUAGGCGGUCACAAGUAUUCCGCCAAUGUCAUUAUUUAUCGCCGACGAGACUUCGAUUGGCACAAGAAGACGGCAUAUUCAUCAACGGCAGCAGCUGCAACAGCUGCAGCUACUGAGGAAGAGAAGGUUCUCCCUCAGCAAAAUGAGGAUGAAGGUGCGGCGCAGGGUAUCUGGUUGGCUCGAGUACGUCCGGAGGAGUGUGAGAAUAUUGUCAAGUUUACUGUUUUGCAAGGUAAGCUUGUGAAGCCGGAUCAGUUGAGGGGUGGUUUUGAUAGAGAGAAGGGGUUGGUUAGUUGGUGA